GUCAUGGCGGCGGAGCACGUAUGCGCCUGCGCAGUCCCUCCCCUCUACACUACACGGAAGUUGUAGUCGAGUGUCGGGGAAGGAAGGAGUGAAAGAGGGGCCGCGUGCACACGGUUGUGACAGGUGUCCCGGUGACAAAUAGAAAGGAUGACAAUGGAGUGGAGGUCUUCAUGAAGACGGCUCGUUCCUGCUGUGUGGACGAAGACCCACAUCUGAUUCUUCCUGCUGUACUGUAUUCCAACCUCCAUCAUGUCGCUUCUCACUCACGUUCUCGCUUGCCUUUUUGGAAUGGGCUCCUGGGUGGCCAUCAAUGGGAUGUGGGUGGAGCUCCCCCUGGUUGUAGAUGAAGUCCCGGAGAAGUGGUUCCUCCCCUCUUAUCUGACAGUCCUCAUCCAAAUGGCCAACAUAGGUCCAUUCUUUGUCACCUUGAUGCACCGCUUCCGCCCUGGAGUGCUGGACGAGCGGCCCGUCAUCUACUGCAUAGUUGGGUUGGGGAUCAUCUCCACAUUCCUGCUGGCUUUCUUCUGGAAGCACACGGCGAUGGUUGCAGGCUCUCCCCACAGUGUCCCCCUGCUGAUUUUAAGCUUCCUGCUGUCUGUAGUGGACUGCACAUCAUCUGUCACCUUCCUACCUUUCAUGAUGACUCUGCGCCCACAAUACCUUACCACCUAUUUUGCUGGAGAAGGUCUCAGUGGUCUGGUUCCUGCACUGGUGGCUUUGGUUCAGGGCGUUGGAGUGGUUCACUGUGAAAAUGCCACUUUAGCCAGGAACACAUCUUCUGGUAAUUCCAGUUUUGUAGGGAGUGGUGAGCUAAUAGCCAAAUACCAGCCAGCCAAGUUUUCUGUCCAGGUCUUCUUUGUGCUCUUGAGCAUCAUGAUGGUUGUGUCCUUGGUUGCCUUUAUCCUACUGAAUCACCACCCGGCUGUGGCUCGAGAGAGAAGGAGUGAUCAGUACUUCUUUGAGGACCUGGAAAACAAAAAGAGGGAACAGAGUUUGUCUCUGCACGCUCAGACACCAGAGCAGAAGCCCAUGCUGGGUCCUCUGGAGGGGGCCGGGGAAGAACCCAGGAGUUCUUUUGGAAAAGGGACCUACAGUAACCUGGAGGUGGCCUUCAUCUUUGUGGUGCUGGCUUGGGUCAAUGCGCUGACCAACGCAGUGCUGCCCUCUGUCCAGACCUUCUCCUGUUUGCCCUAUGGGAACAAGGCCUACCAUCUGGCUGCCACCAUGGCUGCCGUUGCUAACCCUGUGGCCUGUUUCAUUGCCAUGUUUGUGCCAAUAAGGUCUCUUGCCUUCAUGUGUUUCUUGACGGUGUUUGGGACUGGAUUUGGCGCCUACAUCAUGGCUAUGGCAGCGCUGAGCCCGUGUCCUUUGAUGGUCCAAAGUGCCUCUGGAACUGCAGUCAUUGUCCUGGCCUGGAUCUUGUUUGUCCUGACCCUGUCCUAUGUAAAGGUCAUCAUCGGGGUGAUUCUGAGGGAUGAAGGCCACAGCGCCCUCGUGUGGUGUGGGGCUGUGGUGCAGCUGGGCUCCAUGCUCGGAGCCUUGUCCAUGUUCCCGCUGGUCAGCGUCUACGGACUUUUUAAGUCAGGCGAUGUUUGCAACACCAGGUGUCCAUCCUAGUCGGACAUGUUGAGGUUAAACACUGCUUUGUAAAAGUUUUAGGAUAAAUUGCACUUAUUGUAGCACUGAACUCGCUUCACGUGUUUCAGCUCUCUUCAAGAAAGUAGGGAAGUCGCAGUUGUUUUUCAGAUGUAUUUAUAUUUGUUGCAUAUGGAGAGAAGGCUACACUAAGAUGAAGUGACAUCCUCAUGGUCAGUGACCACAAAAGACCAAACUUUAGUUUUAUGUCAUGAAUAUGUUACGUACAAAUUCUGAGGUCAUUGUACUUGAACUUUUACAUUGAUGUGAAGAAUAAGUGAUGGAAUCUGCUGCUUUAAGAACUUGUAGUAUAUCUAACUUUAACGCGUGCCUUAAUUCCUGAAAAAGAAUAAUUCUGUGAGGUUACAGUUGUGUUACUGUCUUUGUCUGCUCAUGUGGAAUGGAGAAACAAAUGCUAAUAAACAAGGUUGGGUUUUUA